CUGAUUUGACAGGUUCGGGUCCGUGUGACAGCACGGUUUUUCGCAGGCUGCGCAAAUGGAGCGACAGCAACAGAUUGCCGAGAGUCUGCGAAGCAAAACGUGGAACGAGAAGCUCCAGUGGGGCUUGGACACGAAGAACUUGGGCAACAGCCUGUACCAGCAGAAGAAGUUUACCGAAGCUAUUAACGCGUACCAAGAUUGUCUGUUGGCACUCGAUUUGGGAUCGACUGCUGACCAGCAGGAAGCCGCCCAAAGGCAACUGCAGAUUCCAGCCGUUCUCAAUCUCGCUGCAUGCAUGCUUGCCACGAAGAAGUAUCACAGAUGCAAGGCUCUCUGCAAUGUCGUUUUGGACCUCGAGCCUCAGUCCCUGAAGGCGAUCUUCAGACGCGCGCUCGCGAAUUUCCAUCUGGGGGAGCUGGAAGAGGCGACGCAGGACCUCCAGCGCGCCUACGCAAUGUGCGGGGGCCGCCGUCCCUGCGAGACAGACGAGGAGUUUUCAGCCACUCAACAGAAUCUGAAGGAGAAACUCACAACAAAAUCGCAUUCUCUCUUGAGCACGAACAGCGAAAAGGAACAACCAACUGGCGUGUUUUGCAACGCAGAAGACAGGGAGAAGUUCCUCAGGAAGGUCAACUAUUACUUGCAUGCAAUCUCACAGCAGCAGACACGGUACGCUAAAGCGUGCCAGAAUAUGUUCAGCGAGGGUUGCCUGGAGUCUAGCGGCGGUUCAGGGACCCAGGCAUGCAAGACGGGGAAGCUCCAGCUGGAGCGCCUCCCGAAUCAGGUGUCUUCGAUGUUUCCCCUCACACUUUUUAAAUGCUCAAAGUGCAGUUUCUGUGCGCGACGUGCGGAGAAAGUCGAGUGAGGAUUGGAGACGGAUGCUCGAAACGGUGCCUGGAACGAAAUGCAUCUGAGCACAGCUCACACUGUUAGCAGUUUCGCCUUCUUUUCUCCAUUUAUCGGAUCAAACCGCAGUCUCUGCUGUCGACAGAAAAGGAAGAAGAAAACUGAAGCAAACAAACAAGGCCUGCCUCGUUUUUCUCGCGACGAACAGAACCUUGUUUUUUUUAGCGCAUCUCUCUAAUUCACAACACCGAACAUUUUUCUCUGCGUUUUUUGUGCAUGUCUUCUCGACCAAGGCACAAGCUGUUUUCCCCUCGGCUUGUGGGGCUGGCAAUAUUUGGCAUUGGCGCUGAAUAAUCUGAAGAUUCGUUGAUCACUUGCACCGGGACGGGCUUUUGAAGCACUCGAGCACAAUUCGAGUGUAUGUACACACGGACACGUACUUCUGACGACAGAUUGAUGGAAUGUUUUUGAACGUUCAAUGCACACGGCGUUUCACGCCUUGUUCGGGACGCAUAUGCACGCAUCCGUGAAUGGAUACGUACUUCUAUGCAAGUACAGUCUGAACCUCUGAAUGGCCCCGCAUGCAGACACGGAC